CAAAAGCAUGGACAAGGGAGCAGUGGCAGCAGCAGCGAGAGGGAGAGAGCGAGCCAAGUGAAUGCCAUAGCUGGUGCUGGCGCCAGGUGGAGGCCUCUCAUCAUCAGCCUCAGCAGCAUCACCGUCGGCCGCCCAUGUACGGUGGUGUCCCCUUCCUCUCCCCUUUCAAACCCUCUCCCUCGUCGGCGCCAUCCUGCAUCGCGCCAGCUUACGCGGCGCCAGCUGCCAACCCCUCCUCCACCUCCCCCCCUCCCUCCUCCUCCUCCUCCUCUUCUGUGCCGUGUGAUCUCUCCAUCUCCUUCCCUCCCACCAUCACUCCUCUUCCCAUUCUUUUGCCGUCCAAUCCGAUCGCCGCCGUCGAGGGCGUUGGCGAUGACGCUCUUACUGCCAUCGCCCUGGGGACCCACCCGCUGCUGGGGUCGCUUCUCGCCCAGGUAUCACGAGUCAUAAUUUUACCGCCCAACAUUCUCUUCUUCCUCCUCAAUAAUUGAUUAAUCGUGGCCGGGUGAAAAAGCCCGUUUGUCCGCUCGUGGGGAUGCUGGCGGCGUGUGACGAAGAGGAGGACGGCGGCGAUGAGUGGGGGUCCCACUUCAACGUCUCUCUGCGGCGGCCGGAGCAGGGAUGGUGGCUGCUCCUCCCAAACUGACACCAACCUCGAGGUCUCUUCCCUCCGCGAUUAGCAGUUUACUUCUGAUGGUGGCCAAGAUGGCUAGGGAUCAAUUCACUAAGGAGAUCUCUUUCAGGACGGAUGAUAAGGAUAUUUCUCUUGCCAAGGCUUUGUUACUUGUUGCUGCUGAAGAUGAAGCUGUAUUGACUUCUAAUCAAGAUAUGGAUUCACAUUCUCUCAGAAAUGAAAGGAAUGAUGCUACCUUGCCAUACAAGUCCCAUCUGGAAUGCAAUGUUGUGGAUGAAAUUUCUUUAGCUGGCAAGAGCAUGCAUGGGUGGUUAAAUGAAUUGGAUAUAAUAGCAAGAGAAGUGGAAGCAGAGUUAAUUUCAAGAGAUAUUGGCUGCCAUUUGAUGGAGAUAUUUGAGGCUGUAAACACUGUUCUUUUUGGAAUUAGAGGCUUCAAAAGAUUUCCUGUGCUUGUAGAUCCGAAGUUUUCAUACAUGCACACUGUACUUAGCUCUGGAUGUGGCAGUGCUAUCAUGAUUAGCAUCAUUUACAUUGAAGUCUGUCGAAGACUUGGUGUUAGUAUAGUGGGUUCACGAGUUGGGGAAGAUUUUUUGAUUUGGCCUGAGACAGAGAACCCUGAGGAACUUUUUAGAGCUUCUUCAGGACAUAGUUUGUUGGCCAUAAUUAAUGGCAGAUGUGUGGAGGAUCCUAGAUCAAAAGCUUCGGACUUGGACAGCAAAUCACUUUUGGGGCUUGAUAUUGCGAGUAAUAGAGAUAUUAUUGGGAUUGCUUUAGCUAAUAUGAUUAGGCUUCACUGGAAACGAGCAUCGAGGUUGAACCAUGGGCUGAUGCUGACUUCCCCACUGCGACCUGUUUAUGCUGUGAAUGAGAAAGCUAGUACGAUGGCAAGUUCAAAAAGUCUAUUGCUGCGGCCGCUGGAGCUAAGAUUGGCUACCAUGGCUGCCGAGAGACUGUUGAUUCUGAAACCUGAUAAUUGGACUCUGAGGAGAGACCACGGCAUGCUUUUAUACUAUGGCAGGAGGUACGCAGAAGCUGUCCAGGAACUCAGCAUCUGCAUGGCCUUUGCUCCUGUCGAGGAGGCAGAAGUUCUGGAGCGAUUUGUUGAGAAGUUGCAUCUGUUGCGGCUCGAAUCAUCAUGGAAAUCUCUAGAGCAGCUGACCCACUAACAUCCCCUCGAUGUAUCUGUGGAGUUUGUUAUCAAACAUGUUGAUGCAGCCCCGCAGAUAUGAUCAAAGUUUUGGACAGUCCAAACGCUAGUUUUUUCUUUCUUCUCCGAUAACAUAUAUGACUUGUAGAGCAUCAGGAAGCUAGAUGGAGGGUGCGUAAUGGCUAGAUGGUAUUUCUCAGUCUGUGAACCUCCCAGCUGUAAUAGUGGCGAGAUUUAUCAACUUGAAACGUUGUUAGAUAAACCAGUUUGUGGCACCCUCAUCUGAACAGCUAAUAUUGCACGAAUCUUUUUUUAUUGUUGUGUUA